UCUUCAUCUGUGUGUCUACGCCCUCUGAGCAGAGUGGGCUUCUCCCCUCUGUCCAUCGUUACUCACUGAGGGCGCUUCAUUCACUGCUAACGCCACACACGUCGAGCUGCCGCUCAGACCGCAGCAGCGCCUUCGCCCACCUCAUUUAGACUGAAAUGGAGGGAUGACAGACAGCAAGGAGGGAGAAAAGGUCGUGAUGUGGAGAUCCUGACCACUCGAAACCCGUAAAGAUGGACACAUCGAAUAUAAGCUUUGCUGCCAAUGAGACCAGCCGUUUUACACCAGCCGAGAAGGUGCUCAUCAUUCUAGGACUGAGCUCUUUGAGUCUAAUCACAAUUAUCGGCAACGUUCUUGUCAUUGUCUCCAUCAAGGUCAAUAAGAACCUCCAGACGGUCAAUAACUACUUCCUCUUCAGCCUAGCAUGUGCUGACCUUAUCAUUGGCCUGUUCUCCAUGAACCUUUACACGGUGUACAAUGUGAUUGGCCACUGGCCUUUAGGGCCUGUUGUCUGUGACCUGUGGCUGGCUCUUGAUUAUGUGGCCAGCAACGCCUCUGUGAUGAACCUCCUCAUCAUCAGCUUUGACCGCUACUUCUGUGUGACCAAGCCACUCACCUAUCCGGUCCGGAGGACUACAAAAAUGGCAGGUUUGAUGAUCGCAGCAGCUUGGAUCUUGUCCUUUGUAUUGUGGGCUCCUGCCAUCCUCUUCUGGCAGUUCAUUGCGGGUGAGCGCACUGUGAAGGAGGAUGAGUGCUACAUUCAGUUUUUCUCCAAUGCAGUGGUCACCUUUGGCACUGCCAUUGCUGCCUUCUACCUGCCCGUGGUCAUCAUGAGUGUGCUGUACUGGCAGAUCUCCAAAGCCAGCCGCAGCCGCGUCAGGAGGAGAGAAAGCCGGAAGGUGUCUGGAGCUGGUCAGGAGAACAAGAUUCAGUCUGUGUCAGUCCCAGAGGGGAACGAGGGAAGAGCACAAAACCAGAGAGUAGAGAACAUGGUGAGCCGAGGACAGCGAAGUGGUUCUGACGCUACUACAGGUGAGGACCGAGAAAGUGAAAAUGACUCCACAUCUGGCAGCGUUUUGGCCUCAUCCAAUCAAAGAGAUGAGGAGGUGGUUUCCGUAGAAACUAAUGGUGUCAUCAAGAGCACUCCAAGUAAAACCUCAUCCCAAGUGAAAGCAAGAUGGGCCAAACUAACUUGUUUUGGAACUUCAGCCAGAAAGAGCGGAGAUAAUAGUUAUGAACCUGCCAGUGCGAAUGAGAAGACCAAGCAUAGCAAGGAAAGGCAGAGUCUGGUGGCCUUGAUCCUCAUGCCUCCACACAAGAAGAAGAGGAAGAGUGCAUCCUCCAGAGAGAAGAAGGUAACAAGGACCAUCAUGGCCAUCCUGGUUGCUUUUGUGGCCACAUGGACUCCGUAUAAUGUGAUGGUGUUGAUCCACACCUUCUGCUCUACCUGCAUCCCCAGCUCCAUGUGGGUAAUGGGCUAUUGGCUCUGCUACAUCAACAGCACGGUUAACCCGGCCUGCUAUGCUCUGUGCAAUGUAACCUUCAAGAACACCUUCAAACAGCUGUUGAUGUGCAGGUACAAAAACAUUCGCACAGCCAGAUAAAACAAUGACCAGGCCUUUCAUGGUCAAAGCCUGCAUAUAUUUUGUAUUAAAAUGGACAAUAUAAAGUUCUGGGUCCGUAUUCCUAAAUUGUCUGAGAGUAAGGGGCCUGUUCACUUCUUCUUUUCAGGUAACAAUGAUGAAAUGAGUGUGCAUUCACAUUUUUAGAGAGGAACACACCUCAUUCAAAUUGGAAAUGUAAAUCAGAUGCAAUAGAGAAGGAAAACCAUGAAUAGCAGCCCACAAUCGGGGACACCUACCCGAAAAAGGGAUCCAUGAAAUACAAGCACAGAUGUUAUAUGUGAGCUCAUUUAGCUUUUCAGUUCUGCAGUGCUUGUGUGUAUGGGACACUGGCUGUUACCAAAACAUGCACAACCUGCUAUUCAACAGAGAUAAUUAUUUAAGACCUGACCAGACUGAAUGUGAUAGGUUUCAUUUGAAAAUGUCUUCCAUCCAAAAGAAAUUAGUCUACAUGUUGUUGAUCACUUGGAACAGUGAGAUCAUUUGCACAAAAUGUUACUAUACUAGUGGUUUUUAAACAGUCACAUACUCAAUCGAUACUUUAUGAAUACAGACCCUUGAUCUAAUGCAUCCAACGUAGUACUAUACUCAGGUCAACAUCCUGUGAUAAUGAAUGUAAUGCAUUGCUCCAUAAAUUCAGGAUGUGUUCUUUAGGCUCACUGGGAAAGACUUUAGCAUGCAGAUCACUGGAUUUCAUCCAAAUUGUUUAUGUGUGGUGAACUGUGGACAUGGAAUAUGUUUGGAGGGCCUCAGUUGUUGCGUUUGGAGAAAUCUCCAAAGCUUAAAGAUAUGAACUCGUGUUAACAUUUUCAGAAAUCUUUUUCGACUUGUGCAUCUCUGUCUAAAAUCCUUGGACCAUUUAAACCUGGCUUUAAAACAUAUGCCAGUUUUUGGGCAAAACUAUGUUAAUUAGUGUAACACAAAAAGAUAUUUUAAAUAAGCACUCAAGGAUGGAAAUACAUAUUUCUAGCUCAAAAUAUCUUUUUUUUUUAUAGCGUAUUACAGCAGGAAGAAAUCUGACCACACUGUAGGUCGUCAUAUUAAUCUAAAUGCUGAGCAUACACAAGAUGUAGCUCGUCUGUCCAAGGUAGUUCAGAUACAGCUCUGCAAUUUUGAAAUAAGCCAAAUGUUAAACUUCCAACUAUUGGAACUUAGGAAGCACCGUUUUCCCUCUUGAUAAGUGAGCAUUUAUACUUACACUGACCUGGGGCUUGCAGAUGUGUUUACAUUUUCCCCCACUUUACAUUUACAUGAGGCUAAUAUGGAUUUUUAUAGCAAUAACAUCAUUUAGCUUAUAAUCUGUUUUUUGUGGAUUUUUGUUCAGAAAAUAACUGUACAUGAACUGUAAAAGGUAGUCUACAAAAGAGUAGAUAAGUCAGUAUUUUUCUUGACAUCAUUCAUUUGUUUGA